AUCACAUGUCACAUGCUUGGCUCAGAGCAGGUACUCGCCAUACUUGUCCCUUCCACAGCCCCUGGACUACGAAUACAUUCAGCAAUACACCUUCACCAUAGAGGCCACAGACCCCACCAUCAACCUCCACUACCUGAGCAGCGUCUCCAUCCGAAAAACCGCCCGUGUCAUCAUCAACGUCACAGAUGUGGACGAGCCCCCCAUCUUCAAGCAGUCCUUCUACCACUUCCAGCUGCGGGAGAACCAGAAGAAACCUCUGAUUGGCUCAGUGCUGGCCACAGACCCUGACGCAGCUCGGCGGAGCAUUGGAUAUUCCAUCCGUAAGACCAGUGACAAGGGCCAGUUCUUCCGAAUAACCAAGCAAGGGAACAUUUACAAUGAGAAAGAAUUGGACAGAGAAAUCUACCCCUGGUAUAACCUGACAGUGGAGGCCAAAGAACUGGAUUCUAGUGGGUACCCCACAGGCAAAGAAUCCAUUGUGCAAGUCCACAUCGAAAUUUUGGAUGAGAAUGACAACCCUCCAGAGUUCGCCCAGCCCUAUGAGCCCAGAGUGUGUGAGAACGCUGCCCAGGGCAAGCUGGUCGUGCAAAUAUCGGCAAUAGACAAGGACAUAACGCCACGAGAUGUGAAAUUCAAAUUCUCCCUGAGCACCGAGGACAGCAACUUCACCCUCACAGAUAAUCACGAUAACACAGCCAACAUCACAGUCAAGUAUGGACAGUUUGACCGGGAGCGUGCCAAAGUCCACCACCUGCCUGUGCUCAUCUCAGACAAUGGGAGGCCGAGCCUCACAAGCACCAGCACGCUGGUCGUGACCAUUUGCAAGUGCAACGAGCAUGGCGAGUUCACCUACUGUGAGGAGAUGGCAGGCCAGGCAGGCGUCAGCAUCCAGGUCCUGGUAGCCAUCUUCCUCUGCAUCCUCACCAUCACAGUGAUCACCCUCCUCAUCUUCCUGCGGCGGCGGCUCCGGAAGCAGGCCCGCGCCCACGGCAAGAGCGUGCCCGAGAUCCAUGAGCAGCUGGUCACCUACGACGAGGAGGGCGGCGGCGAGAUGGACACCACCAGCUACGACGUGUCGGUGCUCAACUCCGUGCGGCACGGCGGCGCCAAGCCCCCGCGACCCACGCUGGAGGCGCGGCCGUCCGUCUACGCGCAGCUGCAGAAGCCGCCGCGGCACGCGCCCGCCGUAACGCACGGCGGGCCGGGGGAGAUGGCCGCCAUGAUCGAGGUGAAGAAGGACGAGGCGGACCACGACGGCGGCGGCCCGCCCUACGACACGCUGCACAUCUACGGCUACGAGGGUGCCGAGUCCAUCGCCGAGUCCCUCAGCUCCCUGGGCACCGAUUCAUCCGACUCGGACAUCGAUUACGACUUCCUCAACGACUGGGGGCCCAGGUUCAAGAUGCUGGCGGAGCUGUACCGCUCAGACCCCCAGGAGGAGCUGGUGUACUAGGGGGCCCUGGGCCUCUCGUCUGGGGACCCAAACCACUGCAGCUCAGGCCAGUCGGACACCAGGCACUGAGCCCGCAAAUUGUAGCACUGACACCCCAGCCCAGCAGCCCUUCCUCGUGGGUCCCAGAGACUUCACCACCUUGGGUAGCAAACUCCAGGUCCCUGAAAGGUCCAGGAACAUAUUUCAGUGACAGCUACCCCCCAAAUGCUGGAAGAUCCAGGCUGGGGUUCUGUCUGGGCUCGGACACCCAUAACCCUGUCCCCUGGGACCACGGGUCCCACUCAAAGCCUUUCUGUGGCUCCUCAAAGCAGCUUAUGUUCAAUUUCCAGGGGGAGAUAGUCCUUUGAAAUCCCUGAACCCCCUGGUGAGAUUGGGGAGGUCGGGGAGGUCCUGGUGCCUGUCUGCCUAGAGGCAAAGCGCUGGAUGGCAUGGCCUGUGGGGCAAAACUCUCUGUCAGCCCAGUCCCACGGGAGACUGGAACUGUCCAUCAGCCUACCCUGCUUCAACUUCCUCCACUCUCCCAAGUCCCCUACCACUCCCAGCCUCUCCCCAGUCCCGUCAAGAAGGAGGAGGGGGCCCCUUGACAGCUAUAGAAGGUGGGUCCUGAAAUGACCUCGCUGGCCUGCCAUGCCCAUAACUACUGUACUAAGCACUGAAAAUUCAACCAAAGUCAGGAAAAUGGCUUGUUGAAUUUUGAAGCAACUGUGAAUCCAUCCUGGAGGGACAGUGGAGACCAAGUGUGACAGAUCACUUGGUGAGGGCAACCUCCACACCCACACCCUUUGGAGAGAGCCUGGAGUAGCUGUGACCCCCCAUUUUGAGACUCAUCGACAACCCCUCCAGUUUUGCCUGGGAAGUGGAGCAGAUGUUCCCAGAACAGAAGACCUCUCCCCUAUAUGCCUUGCCUGGUCACUCACUCAUGCUCUUUCUCUCUUUCGAUCUACUCCUUAUCUCUUGACUUCAAGGCCCUCAAAAUCUGACCCUCAGCAACUCUGGCCAAAGUCCAAACCCAAACAUGACUGCACUACAGAACUGUGCCAUUUGCCUUUAGGCACCUCGUUGUUGCCACAUCUCAGGAAACCCCUGCAGGGCCCCCACACCCUGCAAAAAGCAAGGCCCCUGCCCUGUCCACGCCCUGUGGUUAUCUGUGCAUCUCCCACUUUCAGCCAAAUAUGGAACAUUACAUUGCAAACAUGUCCUGGGGAAGUGGCAUCACUCAACAAGAGGGGGCAGGACAGGAGGGAAACUCUCCAACUCACCCUUGGUCAUGGACUGAGGUUCCCCUCUGAACAAGGGCCCUCACACUUCAGGAGAUUGUAAAUAACACUGACUUUUUUUUUUUAACCAAUAUCUAGUUUUUGUAAUUUUUUUCUUUACUAAUAAAACUUACAUAUUUCUAGCUCUCACAAACAUAUAGAAUAAGGGUUUUUGCAUAAUAAGCGGGUUGCUAUUUAGGUUAACAACUUUAAUUUGGGUUUUUUAGUUGGAUGAACAAAUUCCUGUAACCUUCUUUUUCCUAUCAUUGUAGUAAUUACUCUAGUGAUAAUGACUAUAUAUAGGCCACACUGGUGCAUGGGAUGUACUGUAUUUUUUUUUAUACCUAAAUAAAGAAAAAUCUUGAAAUUCUUUUCUUUCUAGAGCUGAGAAAGCUCAUGUGAGACACAUACACAUCACCACCACCACCAUCAUCAUCAAAGGAACCCUGGACACAAGGGGACAUUUGCAAUUAGGAUUUCAGAGACACUCACUCUGCAUUGAAGCACAGAAUAACACUGGACACCUAGUCCAGCCCUCUUUCUUCCCAGUGCUCAAUGCCUUCACUCAGCCUCUGUACAUGCCUCCUAAUCCCACCUCCACCCUACACAACAGGCAGGGCCUCUGGAAGCUGGGGCUGACACACCAUUUGCAUUUGGCAAAUGGACCAGGGCGGGUGAGAUUCAUCAGCAGUGAGGGAGGAAAUCAAUUUCUAAUGAGCUGGUUGACAGGAGGGAACAGCUAGCACUGUAUUGGGGUGUGUGGACCCAACAUUGGAGUCUUGCCUGGAAAACCUCACAAUCAAAAUGAGAAGAGGAAACCUCCAUGUCAGGUCUUGAAUUGGGGAGGUAUCGGUUGAAGUUUACUUCAACAAGGCCCCUGCUCCUUGACCCCUACCAGCAGGGUUUCCUGGGGACUGUCCUCCAAGGAUGAUAUUUUGUAAAGAUCUCAGGGGUCAAUUUGUCUUAAUUCCAAUUUUGCUCUAACUUCCUUUGUGAUUUCCUUUUUGAUCCAUUGGUUAUUUGGAAUGCAUUAUUUAAUUUUCACAUAUUUGUGAAUUUUUCAAAUUUCCUGCUGUUAAUGAUUCCUACUUUCUUUCCCUUAUGGUUAGAGAACAUAAUUUUUAUGAUUUCAAUCCUUAUAAAUUUAUUUCUGACUUGUUUUACACCUUAACAUAUGUUUUAUCGUGGAGAAUAUUCUAUGUGCAUUUGAGAGGAAUGUGUAUUCUGCUGUUAGUAGUGGAGUAUUUUAUAGCUGUCUGUUAGAUAUAGCCAGUUUGUAGUGUUGUUCAACUCUUUUAUUCUCUCACUUAUCUGUCUAGUUACUCUCUAUCCAUUAUUGAAAGUGGGGUGCUGAAAUCUCCAACUAUUAUAGUUGAAUUGUCUAUUUCUCCCUUCAAUUCUGUCAGUUUUUGCUUCAUGUAUUUUGAGUCUCUGUUGUUAGGGGCAUAUAGGUUUAUAAUUGUUACCCUGAAGGAUUGACCCUUUAGCAUUAUAAAAUGUACUUUUGUAUCUGGUAACAAUUUU